UAUGAGGUCUAGGGUUUGGAUGACCCAAAGGGCAUUAGAUGUGAGAUAUUACCAUCAAUUGGACGGUCGAUGUUGGUAGAUACUGAUUUCGGUAAAAUGCAGUUUUCGGCAGGUUAUCAAGAGAAUAGUUCGCUUUUGGUGGUUGGUCGGUUUUAAAGUUUAAUUUUCUCCGUAGUCGUAGAAGAAAGCGAGAGAGAGAGAGAGAGAGAGAGUUCUUUCUUGGUCUUAGCUUCUUCUACUUAAAAGUCUCAAACUCAUCAGAGUCCUUUGAAACCCGAAUCUUCCGUUUUAACCUUAAUUACAAGGAAAAGCUCGUCUCCUCGCGGAAUAAUUGGAUAUAUUUGAUGUAUUAGCGAUGGAAAAGGAAGCAAAAAAAGAAGCUUUUAGGAAGUAUUUGGAGUCCAGUGGAGUGCUUGAUGCCCUCACGAAAGUUCUUGUUGCACUAUAUGAGCAGAAUGACAAGCCUUCCUCUGCAAUUGGAUUUAUUCAGCACAGAUUGGGUGGGCCAACCUUGCCUGAAUAUGAAAAGCUACAAGCUGAAAUGUCAGAUUUGCAGAUAAAAUACAAGGAACUCUUGGCAGAACACCAGGAAACCUGCAGGGAGCUUGAGGAACUUAGAAACUCACAGUCUGUGGCGGCUUCGAAGGAGAUGAUUGAUAAAGAGAGCCCAAUGGAUGAAUUAUGAAACAUCAUCAAUGUGGGAUUGUACACCAUAAUAUUAUUUGAUCACAUCUAUUGAUAGAAAUUUGUUGUAUGAUUGAUUACACCAAGGUUCCGAGUGUUUAUGCAUCUUUAUAUUGGAACUUUUGAGUGAGCGGUCUCCAUUCUAACCAAUACUAUUACAUYAUUACAUGUUACGUCUUAAGAGUUAUCCCAUGUCAUGAUUUUUUUUUCUUUAAAUCUUGUAUUCUGGAUGAGAUUACAGCUAAUGUGUGAUCAUUUGAAUCUAUGAUGUUUUCUAAGAA